UGGAAAGUUGCGCGUUCUACUCUUUUUUAUUUCUGUGUGGUGAUGGUCUUACUCAUAAGUGCAUUCAAUGUAGAAGCUAAACCUGUCCAACCACCCUUAAUAAACGAUGAAACAGUUUUACAGGAUGAAUUUCUUUCUGAUGCUCUCUUGCCUAAGCAUUGCGGACAUGACAGAGAUGGGUGGCAUAGAAGAUGUCCUGGAGAAAAAGCAUUAAUAGAUGGAGUCUGUGGGUUUUGUUCAAGCACGGAAAAAUAUUGCAAAGGGAAAUGUGUAUCAGUAGGUUUCCAUGUCUGCUUCAACCAGCACACGUUUACAAGAGUCUUUCCGUGUGACGAAGAGCAUUGUGAAACUAUCGACGGGAUACAAACUGGGAAAUGUGAAACAGACAGCGACCCGGUUGCAAUAAUGGAAAAGCAAAAAAACUCAACCACAUCACCUACAAUAUUGCCUACGAUAACUACAACUAAUCAUGUCAACAGUUCGACCAAAACAAACCCCGGUAUAAGGAAUAAUAUUACCACCCAAAUAUCGUGUACUAAUGAUUCAUUUUCUAAACAUGAAACCGGAAACGCGGUCGAACAUAACAAUUCUGAAUCCAUUUUGAAUAAUAAAGAAAACAUCAUAGUCAUAUCGAUAAUAACUAUCGUCUUAGUUCUGAUAGUUCUCCUGCUUGUUUUUUUUUUAAUCUUGAAGUACAAACGGCAGAUGAACAGUAAUAACCGGACCAAUACUCACAAUAAUGAUAGACAAAAUCAAAACAAGCGUUAUGAUCAUUUGCCGCUUAAGGACAAGCGGGUUAUUUACUUUUCACCUUUUAGCAAUUAGUUAUCAUGUCUCGAUAUCUCCAGUAAAUAUAUAGAACAAUUGGGUGCAGACGUGCAGACGUGUGUGUCGUGGGUUUAACACUUAGUUUAUUGACACGCGCACUGUUUUUGUUGUUUACGUAGUAUUUGUAUUGUAUAUUUCUUUUUGGGGGUUUUGUUUUUCCAUCAUGUUCCAAUCUUUGGAUCAAUCUUCUUUAA